UGCAGGAUACUAUCCUCCCAACACUACACCACAUUACUGAGAAGUACUCGGGCAAACCGACGAAGACGUUCGACCGCCUGUACACUCACGACUCAGUACGUUUCGACGAAGGCGACGUAGUGAUGGUGCGGUAUGAGGGAAGAACGACUAAGGCGAUGAGGCCGCUGUUUGGCCCAUAUGUGGUCAAGUCUAGAAUCGGUCAGCGCUACGAAUUGGCAAAUAAAGACGGUUCCGCCCCUCCAGAAUUCAAAGACAGACCGGUACGCGUUGAUCUCCUCCGGUUAGUGCAUCGACGCACUGACCCGCCACUUAACGACGAGUUGUGGACGAAGGCGGAGUCGAGUUCCGCCAUAUUAUCACACACCGUACGAAUGAUAAUACUGGGAAGAUGGAAUACUUGGUGCGAUGGCGCGAAGGGGAUCUACGUGGGAAACAGCGGAGGCAUCUGA